GGGUAAGGUAUGCGACACGGCACAUCCAGGAACAAAAGUGUGAGCGGGGUCCUCUCCUGGGCGGGCGGAAAAUAUUUCGCCUUACCCGCCCGCCCCCUAUAGCCCAGUCUACCUCAGAUCACUGCGGACGAUACUCGCGCGUGACACGUUCCGCUGCAGAACACGCGACGCGAAUUCCGUACCGUUUGAGAGUAACAGACAGUUCUCGUGUUACUAUCUCAAUAAAUACUACCGGUUUCUUUCGAACAAUAAUUGUGAUUUGAGUAAAAUCAGUGUAGUGUUUGUGAGGAGGACUUUGUUUCUGUGGAUGCUUGUUUUAGAAUGCCGUGGAGAGAGGUGAGGGGCGCGGGGUGAGGUGCAACGGGGCGCGAUGAGCGCUCCGGAGCCGUUCGUGCUCCAAGCACUGCAGGGCCACAUCCAUGGCGACGAUAAGUGGCCGGGGCCGCGGACCGUUAAGGUCUACGUGGCCUCCGUAUACAAUGAUUUUCUCGAAGAAAGGCGCCAAAUAUUGGAAAUGGUCGGGCCGGAGUUGCAGACGACGUACGACGACCGAUCAAUCGAGUUCGAGUUCGUCGACAUGCAUUAUGGCACCGAUGGUGGGGACGAGAACAAUCCCGCCCUGCUGCGGUACCAUCUCGACGAGAUACGCAGCUACAAUAGAACCUCCAAGGCUGGCUACUUCAUGUGCCUCGUCGGCGGUGACGCAUCUUUCUACCAGCCAGUGUUGCCGUUCAAAAUCCCCGAAGCGACCUUCGAACAACUGAUGAAGCCGGAUUCAGCACAAGCGGCCUUAGUCCGAGCCUGCUACAGGCUAAACGACGAGGGUGACUACCAACUGGAGGGCGACGACAAGUGGUACAGCAAUUUGCUAGAUCGCGAAGAACAACGGAACCGUUUGUGUGAAGUCCAGAAGGCGUUCAACGCUUUAGCGCUAGAAGCGCUGUCAGAUGGUGCCGAUAUCACUAACUUGUUGCAGAGUCCAGUGGAACUACAAUGUGAAUUAGCGCUAGAUCUAUUGAAAACAGGAAACCAUCCGAAAGGUAUCGUGGCUGUAAUCCGAGACAUAGUGGAGCCAGAAAGCGAUGACUCCAAGAUCACAGUAUUAGCGCACGGGAGAUUAAAAAAACUGAAGCAGAGACUAGAAGAUUCGCUACCCGACAACCACAUCGUAAGACUGGAGUCGCUAUCAGCAGAAUCUUCGCGGACAGACGCCGCGUCAGAUAAUGAGGAGAAACUUUCGCCCUUCAGGGAACAAGUUCAGGCCAUCAUUAGCUCGCUGGUCGACGACAGCCUGAGCACUGAACCCGACCAGGGCAAAGGAAGGAAAAAGACUGUACAGGAAGUAUUCCUGGAACACAUCACUCAUCUUAGGAUAUGUAUAGAACAUAAUAAAAUGUACAAAGUUACCGUUAAACAAAUCGAAGACACCGCCACGACUAUACUCAGUAACGCUAAGGAAAAUUAUGAUAAUCGAACACGCCAUACUCCAGUUUUAAUUUACGGCCCCGACGCUUCGGGAAAGAGCACUCUAUUGACACACCUUUACUUCAAAUGCGAAGAAAUAUUCCCGAAACCUGUGUUAAGGGUGAUUAGAUUUUCGGCUUCCACGCCUAGAUCGGCCUACAAUUUAGAGCUACUGCGAGUGAUGUGCCAACAGAUAUCAAUAAUUUUAAACAUUCCGGAGGGUUAUUUGCCGAAGGACGCGAGUUUCGAUCCUUUGUACAUAAACAAUUGGUUUCAAAGUUUACUGAGGAGAUGCGAAGACAUGGAGAAUGAAAUACUGUUAAUAUUUAUAGACAAUGUUCAUAGGGUUAAUCCUUUAGAAUGUGAUAUUGUGACGGGGCUGUCAUGGCUACCGAUGUCGUUGCCUCGGAAUGUGUUCCUUGUUUGUACGAGCGCUGUGUCUUUGGAGCAACUGCAGUUGACGCCGGCUCAAAAGGAGAAGUUUAAAGUUCAGAACUGCUAUUACUUAUUAGAUGCUAUUGAGGAAUCUGCCGAUAAUAAUAGCUACGGAGACUAUAUAGAUGGUGCCUUCGAUAAUUUAGAGUCUGUAUUCGGUACUAAGGCGUUUAGUAAACUAGCAAGUUACAUAACUUGUUCGGAAUUUGGGCUGACGGAGUUGGAACUACUGGAGCUUUUGAUGCCGACUAGCAACAGCGACGCAGUCAUAACAUUGAAAGACGCCAACUUCAACUUUUCUACUCUUUGCGUUGCCAAGUACAUGAUGAAAUCCUUGAUCACGGAGAGCGUAGUCUCAGGGCGAUGCACGUGGAGAUGGGCCGCGGGUGGUGCAGGUACGCGCGCUCGACGGCGAUACGUGCGGGUGCAAGCCGCUCUCAGGGACGCACACUCGGACUUAGCAGCCUUACACUUCGCACACUUCCUGAACGACGCUGAUGACACUGACACUUCUGAAGCGCAAGAGCCUGGGUGCGUAGAGGACGAUGACGCUCUUCUGGAUUCGACGCCAUUCCACUCGGCUAGCAGAACCGCUGCUGCUUUUACUCAGAGACACGUGGAAGAGUCAUGGUUGCAUCUCCUACUAGCCGGAGAUUUCUCCAAGCUGAAGGAUUUGACUGUCUGUAACUUCGACUUUCUACUCGCUGCUGUUCAAACGGUAACGAUAUCGUACCUGCGCUGCAUACUGGAGCACGUACGAUGCUACAUACUUGAUCGUGAUGUGGAGCUGGUGUACGGCGCCGUGAGGAAAUCGAGCGAUAUCCUCACCCGGGAUCCGAUGCAGCUGGGAGCUCAAAUAAUAGCGUGGUUGCGGCCAGCUGUGGCGAGGCGUGGAGUUCUGGCGACCUUGGUGACGGCCGCAAUGGCGUGGUGCGACGGUUACGACAAACCUCUUCUGGUACCCCUUAAUGGAUGGUUGCAACCACCGAUUGCUUCGACAGUGCGAGUUGUGUCAGUAGGCGGGUCUACUCCAGGCGCUGGUGCCAGGUUGCUGCAGCUCGCGCCUUCUGGGCAGCACCUGGUGCUGGCGCCGUCUGCUGGCGACCCACAGCUGUGGCACGUCAUGUCCAACUCCAGAGUUCACACGUUCAAAGGUCAUUCGGGAAGGAUACUUUGUAUGUGCGUGACUCGAGAAUCUCAAUAUCUCCUUACCGGGUCCGAAGACACGAGCGUCAUAGUUUGGGACCUCCACACACUGGCCGUCAAGACUAAAAUAUUGGAGCACAUAGCACCUGUACUAUGUGUGGCAGCUAUAGUGAAUCGUUCAUUGGUAAUCAGUGGAGGGGAAGACUCAGCUGUCAUAGUUACAUCCCUAGUCGAUGGAGCAUUGGUGACAAAAAUCGACCACCAUAGAGGUCCAGUGACUGCGGUGAAGGUAAUACAAGAUGGCGACAUCCUAGUCACCGGGUCCCAAGACGGAACUGUUUGCACAUGGAAUGUGGAUAACUUCACACUACUGAGCACCGUAACGGCUGGUGUACCAAUACAUGCGAUGGAUAUCACUGAUGACAACGUAUUCCUGAUCACACUUCAGGGCGAAAACGAACUGCAUCUGAGGACCUUCAUCACUGGAACCUAUUUGCAUAUGCUGAAGCGGCAUAAAGCUAAGAUAAAAUGCUUCUGCGUCGCACAUGAUUCAUCUCGAGCUGCUGUCGGUUGUGCCGAUCAGCGUAUCUACGUAUACAGCCUACAUAGUGGGCAACUCCUACGAACACUUGCUGCGGCUCACGACCUUGCCUCUUUAGCUAUUGCUGAUAAAGACCAUUUCCUAUUAGCAGCCGGCGGCAACAGGGUAACUAUCUAUUCAUUCCACACGGAAGACAACUUAACCAACUUCAGGCCAACGAAACAACUGAAGAGACGACAAACGAAAUCCACAACGAAUAUUACUUUGCUGCAGGCUGAACAAAGCGAACUGAUACCAAUCAGCUGCUUGGAAGUUUCACGGGAUGGACAGCUAGCGGUGAGCGGAUGUGCCCGCGGUCUCGUCAGAGUGUGGCAGCUUUCGACACACCGACUCCAAACCACUCUCAAUGGGCACAUAGGUCAUAUCACUUGCGUCACGUUCUCCCCAAACAACCUACUAGUUCUCAGUGGUUCAGAAGACAGAACAGUAGUUGUUUGGCAAUUGGCUGACAAUUCGCCGUCCUUGACAUACAAGGGUCAUUCAGCCGCAUUGCAGUCGUUGCUAAUGAUGUCGGAUGGACGUCGAGCAAUGUCUAGCGACAGGGCGCGAAAUGUGCACGUGUGGUUGGUCGAUUCGGGAAUCGUGUUACAUUCCACCACCGGUCCGUCAGCGAGCUUGAACGUGACAUUGAAUAUGAAGUAUGCUGUUUUAUCCGAUGGUGACAACUCGGUUCGUAUUUGGGCCCUCGCUGGUGGCGACAGCGGCGAGGAGAGGCGGUCCGUGUCACACGCGGAGCGGGUCACCUGUUUCGCGCUCACGGCCGACUCGCAACAUGUCGUGACGGGCUCCAUGGACAUGUCGCUUAAAGUUUGGAAACUCGACGGCGGCAAACUGUCCCAGGUUUUAGUCGGUCAUUCGGACAUAGUGACUUGUGUGGCGGUUUCUAUAACGAACAAAACUCAAGUAGUGUCAGGUUCUUGGGAUUGCAACCUCAUUGUUUGGGACAUCAACACUGGCUCCGAUCUCCAUUUGCUGUCGGGUCAUCUGGGCAAAGUCACUUGCGUCAAAGUCACGGGAGACGGGACUAUCGCCGUUUCUGGUGCGGAAGAUAAAACCCUCAUAAUCUGGGAGACGAAACGAGGGCUAGCCCUAACUUCGUUGGCUUUGCACGUGCCUUUACUGGGCUUCCAGAUUACCAGCGAUUGCUCCAGGAUAGUUGUGCAUCUUCUAGACAGGGGAUGUCUACCUAUUAUAUGUCUACAUAACACGCCUGCUACUUAUGUGAAAAUACCAACUUAUGCAGCACCAACUAAAGAUGUAGAUGAAUUGAGGCCGUUAGCUCCAAAGAGGCCGAUGAGGCGGCUUCUGAAGAAGGAGGUUUCCUUAGACACUUACACUUGGCAGAAGAAAUAUGGUCAUCUUACUUCGGCGGCUAUGAUGGCACAAGUAGACGAACGACUCAAACGACGAUUUUCGGUAUCAGCAUCCAUGGAAGAAAUCUCUAAAAUCCAAGAAGCUAAAAAUAAAGACUUGGGCUCCCAGGUGAGCUUAGGCCCUGAAGAGGCAGCCAUAGCGCAGUCACAGCACUUCGAUCAACUAGAAGCCUUAUGGAACAAGAUAUCUCCCCCGAGGCGCCGCUCCAACAAGUCGUUAUCAAAACAAAGCUCUUUAAUUGAAAGAUUUGACUCUUCGGACGAAGAGCACACGCCUGUCGAAGAACAAGAACACAUGGUCGAGUGAAGAAGAUUGGAUUAUGUUGACGAAAUCUAAAGUUAUUGUUGUAUUGACCUCAUUAGUUUAAGUUGUUUUUUAGACUUUAAAGAGCGGGUCUCGAUUUUUAUUUUCUUUAUUUAUAGUUAAUUUGUUUAGGUAUAAUAAUUGCUAACGAAAUAAUUUAUAAUGGAACUGGGUUAUUUUGUGGAUCAUAUUGUGUCCUUCUCUUACUUUCGAAUGAUUUUAGUGAUAUGCUUUAGCCAUAGUUAAGUUUGAUUAUUGUCUUAUUUUAUGUGUUACCAAUAAAUUGGAUAGUGAGUUACGAAAAUCCUCAUUGCUAAUCUAAUGUUUUUGAUGUCACGUCAUUUCUAUUCAUGAUUCUUCCGUGCCUUUUGGAAAACACAUUUUUAAUCUUAAGAUUAACAAUGGAAAUAAAUUUAAAUUAAAACUUAAAAAAUUUCAGUACUUUUGUUAAAAAUGUUGAAGACACUGAUAAAUUUUGUUCUUUUUUGCGCAAUUUGUUUUAUCCGCAAUAGGUUCCAUUUCCAUUUAAUGAUAAAAUAAAACUGGACAGUCUCCAAAUGGAACCAUUUGCUAAUAAGUCAAAUUGUGUAGCCCUAAACGUAGAAAAUGUAAUGUAUAUUUUGUCUUUCAUAUUGACAGAAUUAUCCGUUACUUACACAAACUUUGUUCAAAGUUGUUAAGUAAAGAUUUUUCUGAAUAUAAAAACAAAGGAUAAGUGGCGGUGGUCCCUUAAGGCUUCUUUGUAUAAAUUAUCAUAACUUAUUCUUAGAGCUCCAGCCUCUCGCAAUGUGAUCGUCUAGGCGUAGGCUUUUAUUAUUCAGGAAACUUUUUGUAAAAAGUGUGUUUUCGCUUCGGAUAACCAAAGAAAACAUAAUACAAUACUUCAUUGAUAAACGCUUCGUUCCUUCAUAAUUUAUAGCUAAAUCUAUCAACUGAUGAAUACUUUGAUGAUAGCACAUAAUGCAUGCAAACUUUUUUUUUUCUAUUUGCAGCUAUUAAAAUAAUGAAUAUUUUAUUAACCCAAAUUGUUGGUUGAACACGCGGUUACGUAUGACAAACAUAGUUUUUAAUUACCCAAUUACUAAAAAAAUAUUUUUUGAACCAAUUAUUACGUUUAAUAACUUGUAUGUAUAAUUAAAGUCACCACUAAAAGUUACUUCGGUAACUUACAGGCAUUAUCCCCUAAUAAAAUAUUAAUUUAAUCAAACAUUUUUUUAAACCUAUUUCGUUUCCGUUUAGUAGAUAUUUAAUAAUUGAAGGAAUUUUAAAAUAAUACUAACUUAGAAUAAAGAGACAAGUAGUUUACUUGCUUAAAACAUUAACCUUCAAAAGUGAGUAUUUAUGUAACCUUUCAUUAUUUACUCCAUAGAUAGAGCGUGGCAGCACAGAUGCGUUGAAAAAAAUAUCAUCCACCUGGUGGGUUUUAAUGUUUUAAAAAAAAGUAUAGUAAUUUUGACCAAAUGACAUAUGUUUAUUUUAUCAUUAAUUGUACGAAGAAUUACACCAUUAAAAUUAUAUUUUAAAGUCGUAAAGUUUACAAUAUUGUAAAACAAAAGUUUUGCGUCACAGAGGCUGAAUAAUAUGUCAAAUUUUAAAGGAAAAUAAUAUGAAACUACUGAAUUCAGGGUAUUAACAUCUUAAUUUAUAAAAACAAAUUUUGCUGUUUACUAUAAUAUUAUCAUGAUGUUAUAUCCGUUAUAAACUAGUUAAAAUAAAUAUUCGUAAAAAGAAGUCCUGGUAUAUAUUUUUUUUACAGACAUCUAGAGAGUAAAUAAUCAAAGCAUGUUACAUGGUUUUCUCUUAAUUUUUGAGCGUUUCAAAUCUUUGUUGUAAUUACAGAAUCUUGCCAUCCCGAUUUCAAGAAGAGAAGUACUGAGUACUGUUUCGUAGUAAUAAUUUGUAAAUCUAGCAGGUUCGCCAUAAAAAAAUCGACAACUCCAGCAGAUGCCUUCCUACCUAUAAAGUGUAGGCUACCACCGAAAGCAAAACCAACUAGUUCAUUGAAACUCAGGAACCAAGCAAAGCUAUUUUCUUAGCUUUGCAGUUAAUUGAAAUGGAUUAUGAACAUACCGGGUUGCCGCUCAAAUUGAAGCGGCCACCUGGGGGAGUUACCUCCAUCGCAGUGACAUAGCCCAUUUCGAUAAUGUUUUGUUUCUGUCUCUGAGUAAAGUCCACUGUGCACUAUCUAUCUUGCUGGAACCAGCAUGCGGGACAGGCCACCAUGAUUUAAGAUAUUUCAAGCCUAGCGCCUUGUAUACUGGAUCUUCUGCUCACGACUCAUCCACAGGGCUAUCUGGUUGUGGUAAGAGCCCCACUGGGCUCGUCGGAUCCCUGCCUGAUUUCAGCCAAAGCGCCACAGACUAAACCUUCGCAUCCAGCGAUGGUCAAACCGGAUCUGCCUCUAUGGGUCGGUAGAUUGUGACGUUACGCUUCAUUUCUUGGCGUCCAUCCCUUGGAAGCAGCGCUGCUUCAGUGACAGGAACCUAUCGGUUGCUAUUACUGAGGAAAUUGUUGGAUUAGCAAGAACUUGGUUGAGUUCAAUGCUAAGAAAACCCAGGGCUGCGCUUCCGCGGCAAAAACGUCGCCAUUCCUUUACUCAGAGACAGAAACAAAACACUAUCGAAAUGGGUUAUGUCACUGCGAUGGAGGUAAGGUUUCCAGAGCUCUAUGGGAAAGGAACGGGUUCUGGGUAGGCAAGGCAACGUGUGAGUAUGAGUAGAUAGUUUCCUCACUAUGAUAUUUCAGCAUCUUUACCAUAAGUUAGGGUUCACUUAUCGGAAACCUAUGCACUAGUGUGGCUACAUAUGCCACGAAGUGAAGCGAACUCGUUUCGCUCUCGGUAUGGUCUGCGCUUCACACAUAAAAGUUGCAACAACUCAAUCGAUAGUCUUAUUAAUAUAUUACGUAAUAGACUCUCCCUGUUUUAGUAAUACUUAUAAGAUAUGUAUGUAUUUUAAGUGAGGACAAAAAUAUUUAACAUCUCCCAUUUAUUAUUGAAAUAAUCUGACAUAUUAAAUUCUCGUGUCACAGAGUUUGUAACAAAACUUCUCCAAAACGGCUUGACCGUUUCUUAUGAGAAUUUCGUGUGUAUAUUCAGUAGCUUUGUGACUAGGACGUAAACUAUUUUUCAAUACCCCUAAGUGAUAGGGUCUAAUCCAUUGAAUGUUUAUGGACAAAAAAAAUUAUUAGUUUUUUUUUCUGAUUCGACAUUAAAAAGUACAUACAAUCCUUAAUUUUACCAUUCUACCACCAACCCCUAUUUUUAAGGAGGUACUAAGUUUGCUGGGUCAACUAGUAAUAAUAAUAUAAUACUUGUAGUCCAAGAUCCCAAGGCUGCCAGGCCUUUAUUUUCUGAUGGACACAAUAUGGAUAAUGGAGUAAUUUUAGUGUGUGUAAUGAGCGUAUACAUACGCACUAACUUGUGCUGUGGGCUACUUCUAAGGUAUAAGGUGGCAAUUAAUACUGACAGACAUCCAAUAUUUAUUGCCAGACACUUCAAAUAUCAAAAGCAAAUCCCAAAAUAUAAAAUAUAUACAACUCGAUUAUCUGUAUAUUUUGUCCACCAGGAAAUAAAGUCUGGCAGGCCUGGGAUCUUAAUCUAUUAGAAAAAUGUAUGUAUAUUUCAAAUAUUGGAAACGAUAUCUCAACUUGGUUUAUGAUGAACUAAAGUAUUUAUUAAAAAGAUAUGGUAUACCAUAAUUUAGCGUAAAAUGUACCUAAAUCUUCAAUUAAAGCAUUAAUUGGCGGAAAUUAUGUCUCAAUUGCAUAAUGUAUUUAAAUAUUGAUGAUAUUUUUGUUAUUUAAUUUUUAUUAUUGAGCUACUUUUUCAAUCUUCGAUAUAACAUUAUGUCCGUUAAGUUUUCUCACCACUAGUGGACAUAAUCUCCCCCAUUAGUGUUUGAAUAGUGUUUUCCAAACUGUGAUCCCCUAUAAAGACUUCUAUGUAAGUACUCAAAAUAAUCAAUAGAGAACCUUACUAUAGUAAUUAUAAGAAUAAUUUAAUGUCUAAUUGUAAGUGUUUAAACUCAGACGUUGACACUUUUAUAUGACCCUUUUACAAGGGAUUUGGAUGUCCUUUAAUUAAAUGCAGUUGCAAGGAAACUUAAUUUUUAACACCUAGAAAGGAUUAAAGUAGUGACUAGAUUAAUAAAUGUAAUGAUUUCGUCAAACGCAGUCGUCAUUGUAUUUUAUCU